CCGGCCAUCGUUGAGGUCGCUGAGCGCGCUGCGGCGGUGAGGUGCGGGCAGCGGUGAGCGGCUGCGGCCUUUAGGCGCGCUGUAGGCGUUCCAGGCUUUGUAGGCGCGGCGCGUCCCCGCAGAGCGCCAUGGUGAAGGAGACGGAGUACUACGACAUCCUGCAGGUGAAACCCACCGCCUCCUCCGAGGAGAUCAAGCGCGCCUACCGCAAGCUGGCGCUGAAGUACCACCCCGACAAGAACCCUAGCGAGGGCGAACGGUUUAAACUCAUAUCCCAGGCAUAUGAAGUUCUGUCGGACCCAAAGAAAAGGGACCUCUAUGACCAGGGUGGGGAGCAGGCUAUUAAAGAAGGAGGCCUGAGUGGCGGCAGCUUCUCUUCACCCAUGGACAUCUUUGACAUGUUCUUUGGUGGUGGAGGCCGAAUGAAUAGAGAGAGAAGAGGCAAGAAUGUUGUGCACCAGCUAGGUGUAUCUCUUGAAGACUUAUAUAAUGGUGCUACAAGGAAACUGGCACUGCAAAAAAAUGUUAUUUGUGGGAAAUGUGAAGGUUAUGGUGGAAAGAGAGGUGCAGUAGAAAAGUGCCCUGUAUGUAAAGGAAGAGGAAUGCAAGUUCUUGUUCAGCAAAUAGGACCUGGCAUGGUACAACAAAUCCAGACUGUGUGUCCAGAAUGCAAAGGCCAAGGUGAAAGAAUAAAUCCAAAGGACAGGUGUGACAACUGCAAUGGAUGUAAGGUUGUAAGAGAGAAAAAGAUCAUAGAAGUUCAUGUUGAUAAAGGUAUGAAAGAUGGUCAAAAGAUAGUGUUUCAUGGAGAAGGUGAUCAGGAGCCUGAUCUGGAGCCUGGUGAUGUCAUAAUUGUGCUUGAUCAAAAGGAUCAUGGUGUUUUUCAGAGACGAGGCCAUGACUUAAUUACAAAAAUGAGAAUUCAACUCUCAGAGGCUUUAUGUGGUUUCAAAAAGACUAUUGAAACUCUUGAUAACAGAGUCCUUGUCAUAUCAUCUAGACCAGGUGAAGUGAUAAAACACGGUGACCUGAAGUGUAUCUACAAUGAAGGGAUGCCUAUCUACAAAUCUCCAAUGGACAGAGGCAGCUUAAUUAUACAGUUUCUGGUCCAGUUUCCAGAGCAGCACUGGCUUCCAAGGGAGAAACUGAAUAUGCUGGAGGCUCUACUUCCUCCAAGAGAAGAUGUCAUGAUUACAGAUGAGAUGGAUCAAGUAGACCUUGAAGAUUUUGACCCAAGUGAGCAAACCUACCGUAACAGUGGAGGAGAAGCAUAUGAAGAAGAUGAGGAUGGUCCAAGAACAGGUGUACAGUGUCAGACAUCUUAAAUUGAGGUGGAGUUGAUAUUGCCUAAAAUGUAAAUUUUCACAAUGAAAACUGCAUGGCUGAAAUAGCCACUGCUUGUGGUCUUUGUGUUCAGCAAAUUGAGUUGCUGCGCUGUCAGUAUCACUUUUUUUUUUGUAACUAAUUUAUAUUGUGUUCUUGUCUUUAUAUAUAAAGCAAAUGUCACACAGCUGAGAACCAACUGAGUUGGUAUGUUUCCUUGUGCUUUGAAGGUUCUCAGUUUAUUUCACUGAUGCUAUUUAUAUAAGACUCUCACAAUACUGGUAGAAGUUGAGUAGUGUCUUAUGUAAAUAUUUUCAUACUGAAAAAUUAAUUUCAUAGAAUAAAACAUAGCAGAAGUUACUUCUAAUAAAUAGAACUUCACCUUUUGUUUUUUCUUGUACUUCUUCAGCCAAUCUAGAAUCUCUACAUAAAUUCAAGUCCCUGCUCUCCUUUGUAUACUUAACUUUGCAUGUUGCAGCCCUGUUAGCUGUAUUCCUCUUGUAUAUCAAAUGUUCUUCCUCCAUAAUAAUCUUUUCCCUCUUCUCUACAUAAAGCUAAGCAUUAAAAGAAUACUAGCCUAUUGCAAGUGUAAGAACUUACAGAUCUACAACCUUAAUGUG